AUGGACGAACGAGUCAUAAAACAGUCCAUUCUGAGCACGUCAGCUGACGAGAAAAGAAUAUAUAGAUCAAGAAUACAAAAAUUUAGGAAAUCUCAUACAUUAUAUGUUCUGCUUCUGGGAUCACUCGCAGCUUUACAAUUCAUUGCGAUUGCUUUUUUUUUAAAAGGAUUCCUAUUAACAAGAAAUGUUCUUGAUAAUGUGGCUACGUUGGCGGAUUAUCAAUCUAUCGAAAAUUAUGGUAAGUUCAACAAAUCUGUCAUAUUGGUAGUAGAUGCGCUGAGGUUCGAUUUUGUCAUCCCAGUAAACCAAUCCAAUCCUGAUUAUAAUGAUUAUUACCAUAAUAAUUUGAAAGUGCUAUACGAAAAAUUUGAAGAUCAGUCAUCUUCUUCAUCGUUACUCUUGAAGUUUAUGGCGGACCCACCAACAACAACAUUGCAAAGAUUAAAGGGUCUUACUACGGGAUCCCUACCUACUUUUAUAGAUGCAGGCUCCAACUUUGAUGGGAGCGUCAUUGAGGAAGAUAAUAUAAUCAAACAAAUGUUCUUGAACGAUAAGCAAGUCCUUUUUGUGGGAGAUGAUACUUGGGAUGCCCUUUUCAAUCCAUUUUUAUCUCCAAUGAGCCAGCCUUUUGAAUCCUUGAAUGUUUGGGACUUGGAUACAGUAGAUAAUGGUGUUAUUUCUUUUUUCAAUGACCAUUUAUUAGAGAAUACCAACGAUCAAAGCUGGAACGUCUUAAUUGGCCAUAUGCUGGGAAUGGAUCAUGUCGGUCAUAAGUUUGGUCCUAAUCAUUUUACUAUGAAACAAAAACAAUUGCAGAUAGACAAAUUUAUCAGAGAAAUAAUGGAUUCCAUUGAUGACGAUACAUUAUUGGUUAUUAUGGGUGAUCACGGUAUGGAUCACACAGGCAACCAUGGUGGUGAUUCGAAAGAUGAACUAGAAAGCACACUCUUUUUAUAUUCAAAGAGAAAUAAUGCGUGGAACCUACAAGAUACCAGCAAUUAUGAUACGAGGAACCAGGGAGAUAGAUACAGAUCAGUUAAUCAAAUUGACUUGGUCUCUACUUUAUCCUUCCUUUUGGGUUUACCAAUCCCCUUCAACAAUCUGGGAUGGCCCAUUAACGAAAUAUUUUGUACAGAAAAGGAGGCGUCAUCCUUUACCAAUGCAGCCUUGAAACAAUUAAGGACAUAUACAGAAGCUAUAGGGAUUAAAAUUAACAACGAAUCACUCCUAGAAGAAUUAUAUCAAAUUGGGUUAGCAAACCAUGAAAGAGCACAAAAAUAUCAAAUUCAAUUAUUACAGAUCUUUAAAACCCUUUGGACCAAUUUUGAUUAUUAUAGUAUAGCCACAGGUGUAUGCCUAUUGACUGUUUCUGUGAUUCUUUUAAUUUCAGUUACAAACUUAAUUCCUUCAAUAGUGGUUAAUCAAAUGGUACCUGAAUUUGCACCAUGGAUCGUGAUUAUGUCAUUAACGACCAACGUGUGUUUUCAUGGUUUUUACUAUGUGUUCCAUCAACCACUAUUUAUUAAUAACUGGAUAUGGUGUACGUUAUUUGCUACAGCAAUUGGUAUUAUCAUUGGAUGCUGUAUUCCAAUCUUUGAUCGUUACACACUCAAGUGGCUAAUAAGUAGAGUAUUCCAAGAUUUAUUAUCCGAUUAUUGGUCAAGAGUCGGUGCCCUCUUUUUAAUUCUUCACUCACUAUUGUUCACAUCAAAUUCCUUCACUAUUUGGGAGGACAAAAUUGUGACAUUUCUAUUAAUUACAUUUGGAGUACUUACCUUAUAUGAAUUUGUGUUUUUGCCAAACAGACAAUAUACAAGUAGAUUACUAACUGCCACGAUUAGUGAAAAUGAAGGUACUACAUCUGGUGUAAACUCUUCAACGGCAAACUCAAAUUCACUACCACUAACCAGGUUUGCCCGAUUGUUAGGGGGAUAUCAUUCCAUAAUGUUGAUUGUGUGUACCAGAUUGGCAUCUUUGAUUACAAUUUGUAGAGAAGAGCAAGGAGACUACUGCACGCCAACAUUUACAACAAAGAAUAAUUAUUCAUUAUGGUGUCUAUCAAUUUGCUUUCUUUUGAUAUUCAUGAUUCCAGCCUGUAUUAAGGGAUAUUAUAAUUUAUCUUCAUCAUACCAGGCGGCGGCACCCAUAUGGAUUGAUAUAUUCUUGAAGGGUGUCUUAUUCAUUAAUUUUGCUUAUUGGACUGCAACUUCGUUGGAGAAUACGCUACCUGAAUGGUCAUAUGAUUUAACAAUCUUCAAAUUUACUAUUGCCAGAAUUGUCACAGGAUUCAGUUUGAUCGCAUCCAAUGUAGGCUGGUUAAUGGGUCCCCUCUGUAUCAAGUUAAACAUCCAUAAUACUGAUGUUAAGUCACAUCAAGCCACCAUAUUGGGUUAUACGAAUAUUUAUGGCUCUGAAUACUUCUUACUGGUGAUUAAUUGGAUAAUGAGUAUAAUAAUUUUUAUGAAACCAUUGGCUCAAAUUUCCAUCUUCCUAAUGUGUAAUCAAAUAUUAUCUAUUUUGGAGAUCAUUGAUUUACUAAAAUUGAAAGAGAAUAUUAUUGGACCCAUUGUAUUGGCGUUAUUAUCUUAUCAACAAUAUUUCAGUACUGGUCACCAAGCUACUAUCCCAUCAAUCCAAUGGGAUGUUGGUUUUAUCCUUUCAGAUAAGAUUACUUUCCCGUUGACUCAUAUCUCGUUGGCGUUAAACACCUUUGGUCCACAAAUAUUAAUUGCAUUAUCAGUUGCAUUACUAACUCUAUGGAAGCAACCUCCUGAUGUACUGAAACCACAAACGAUAUUAGGAAGAAUUGUUUCAAAUUGUGGUGUUUUAAUUCUCUAUAAUUCAAUCCUUUGUUUGAGUUCAUUUAUUUGGGUUACUCAUUUCCGUAGACAUUUAAUGGUAUGGAAAAUAUUUUGUCCCAGAUUUUUAUUUGCAUGCAUGUCUCUAAUUGUUACCCAAAUAAUUGUUACAUUUGUUACUAUUGCAUUUGCGAGCGGUAGAUUGAUCAGACAUAUCAAUGAUAUAUUUUGGAAAUAG